AUGGAAGAUAUUAAAUCCCUGAAGGAAAAGGGACUUGCCGAGUACAAGGACGGCAACUACCAAGCAGCAGCCCGCUAUUGGCGGGAAGCCGUCGAGAUGCUCAGCGAUAUCGCUGAUGGUGAUGAUGAGGCUGCUGAAGCAAUGGCCUCACUUGACUGGGAGCUCGAGCGUUCAUUAUAUCUCAACCUCGGCAUGGCACAUUUGAAGUGCCAUGAGCCUCGGGAAGCUCUGCGAGCACUCAAAUGCAUCCUGCUAAGUGGCGAGGACGAGCCUGAGAUCAUGCUGAAAACUCUGUGA